UUCCAGGAAGCGGCCGGGCGGAGCGUGGGAAGGAGAGGAGACGCCGCGCUUCCCCGGACGGAUUGCUGCCUGCAGCGCAGCCCUCGCAGGUGGAGGCGGGCGAGCCGCCGGCGUCUGGAGCCUCUCGCAUCCUUUCGUCAUGGUUGAGCCGGGAAAGCAGAAGCGAAUUUUGGUGACCGGCGGUGCAGGGCUGGUGGGAAAAGCAAUCGAGAAGGUGGUGGCUGACGGGGCCCGGCGGCCCGACGAGGAGUGGAUCUUCUCGUCUUCCAAAGAUGCUGAUUUAACGGACCCGGCACAGACCAAAGCCCUCUUUGAGAAACACAAGCCCACCCACGUCAUUCACCUAGCGGCCAUGGUGGGGGGGCUCUUCAGGAACAUCAAAUACAACCUGGAUUUCUGGAGGAGGAAUGUCCACAUUAAUGACAAUGUCCUGCAUUCAGCAUACGAGUCUGGUGUUCAGAAAGUGGUUUCCUGCCUCUCGACUUGCAUAUUCCCUGACAAGACCACCUACCCAAUCGAUGAGACCAUGAUCCACAACGGGCCUCCUCAUGACUCCAAUUUUGGAUAUUCUUACGCAAAGAGGAUGAUAGAUGUCCAGAACAGGGCCUAUUUCGCCCAGUACGGGUGUCGCUUCACAGCCGUCAUCCCCACCAACGUCUUUGGGCCUCAUGACAAUUUCAACAUAGAAGACGGGCACGUUUUGCCGGGCCUCAUCCACAAAGUGUACUUGGCGAAAAAAAACGGCACACCCUUGACUGUCUGGGGGACAGGAAAACCCAGAAGACAGUUUAUAUAUUCUCUGGAUCUGGCGCGGCUGUUCCUCUGGGUCUUGAGGGAGUACGAUGAAGUCGAACCCAUCAUCCUGUCUGGUAAGAUCCACUUUGCCUGGGGUCAUAGUUGCACGCCUGGGUGUAUUUUCCUGACGUUGAGGCACAAAAAUACUAUAAAGUCUUGA